CUUUUUGAUGUUCACUUGAUAGUUUACUUCUUGAAGAAAAAAAAACAGUAUCACCUAUUCACGCAUAUCCACUUAUUGUUGCCCCAUUGAAUCAAAUCAUGCUACCAAAGGACCCUUUCCAGGUGGCGGAAUUAUUCCAUAAGAUUGCUCUUUCCAUCCCCAAAGACGACCAGGCGCGCUGUCUUCGGGUUUGUCGAAGAUGGAACGUAGUCAUAAUGCCAAUCUUUUGGAGGCAUAUGCUUGUCGACCUCUUUCGAUCCAACCAGAUCCCACCCAUUAGUUCAUAUCAUAGACAUGGACAUUUAGUCAAGAAGCUAGCUUUACAAGGAACUGCGCUUCAUUAUUCGCUUGUAUUUUCUGCACAGCUCUGUGAUCUGGCCUUGGCAUCUGCGAUGGAUCUCUGUGGGUCAAUACUUCAAGGGAAAGUAUACUUGACAAGUCUUUGUCUGGACCGCGUAAGAUUUCUUGACGCGUCUGGAUUCUGGCAGACUGUAUCUACAAACUUACAUCGACUUCAACAUUUGAUCAUUCGUGAUACUGUGGUUGAUUUUUAUGCGGUGCCGCACUUUUGGAUGAUUUGUCAAAGGAUUGAGACACUCAAACUCAUUCGUACUACACUCGCUUAUGGGCCUGACCCGACGAUGGAAUUCAGAAAGCUCCAAGUAUUAGUAGUCAAAACUGUCAAGGGUAUCACCAAGGAAGAGUUGAAACAGUGGGUCAUUCAAUCAAAUCAUUUGAAGAGAUUUGAGGAAUUGAACAAUGACUCUUCAGAAGAAGAAGAAGAACACAUGGUUGAAUGGAAUCAAGGGCUCUAA